AUGGCUUCACCACGCGAGAUCUCGUGCACGAAUCUGACAGGCAAGUUCAGCAUGAACAAGUCGUUAGGCGACGACCUUGACGCCAUGCUUGCAUUGCAAGGUAUUAGCUGGUUUCUACGCAAAAUCAUCGGUGCUACGACUCCUGCGAUCACAGUCAAGGAGUACAAGGACGACCAAGGCAAAUGGCAUAUUGACAUUUUAUCAGUUGCAUCAGGUUUGUCGUCUCAGCAAGAGAAUCGCACUCUGGACUGGACAGAGCGCGACCACAAAGACCGCAUCUUCGGCAACAUGCGGGGCAAGUCGCGAAUGUUCAAGACGGGUGACUUUCAGAUGGAAGGACCCGGUGGCGAGGACGAUGCUGCCUUUCUGCGUGCAGAGAGACUCAAGGACGGCUCGCCCUCCAAGUUCGUUGACGAUGAGCACGUGCAGAGUUGGGUGGUCAACCAAGAUGCUGGCUAUGGUUGGACAGCAGAGCAGGUCUGGGGCUUCGAAGAAAUAGAUGGCAAGCGCUAUCAUACACGUCGUGUUGUGGCGAGAAAGGAUGACAAGGUGGAGCGUCUGCGGUUGGUAUACAACUACACCGGACCGGUUGAUGGGAAGGCGGAAGCAGAUGCGGACGAGGACGAUGGCCUGGCUUACGGCGAGUCAUGA